AAAGGAGUUUCCGUGAUGAAUGAGUUGAACGUCAUGAUUACCAAUGUGGAGAAGGCUCAAUUACUCGCUGGUGUUCCAGUUCAGUGUACUGGCGUCCAGACGUUCAACUGGGAAGCUAUUGCUGACCUCACCGAGAAGCAGCAGCAGGACGCGUACCGCAGUUAUUUGGAAACCAGCCUUGCCGAUGUCCUGUCGCAGAGAAAUUUAUGCGUGUUUGGUGUGGACAUGCAGUCGAGUUUCCUCACCGCUGUGAUUCCUGGAUCCAACAUCGAGCUUGCGGGGCGUACAGAUUUGAUCAUAUUAGGAGAUGUAGUCAAGACCCAUCCGUUCAUGUUUCGCGCGUGCGUAGGAUCGUCGAAGGUGGCGAUUGAGGUGAAGACGUCGGUGGAGGAGAACCAUGCAUACGAGGCUGUUUCAGAGCUUAUCACUCUGAGCGUAUUGGCAUGCGACCCCGUGACGGUUGUACUAACAGAUUUGCAGAGAGUCUGGAGGUUCUUCUGGGUUGGAGAGAAGAGAGCUACGCAGACUGUGGUGUUCUCAGCAGUGGUUUCCGACCCUCAUGAAGCGUUCGCGAUUCUGAAGAUGCUGGUCCCGCCAACCAAGAGGCCGUUUACACGAUGCAAGCUUCGCGACAUGCUAUCUUCCGAUGAAGAAGGCGGCUGUGGUCCCAUUUUAGCGAGUGUCCAACGAUACUAUGAUAUUGAAAGCAUGUUGGGGCCCGAUGUUGAGAUGGCGCGCGCUGUGGGCGACCAAAUCGCCCGAAGUAUCCCAAAUCUGCAGACGUUAGGCUAG